UAUAGGUUAGAAGAAGCUGAAAUAUAAUUUCAGAUUUCAGAAAAAAGAACCUGCAAAUCUGUUCUGUGAUUCAUUCAAAACCAUGAUUACAAGCCGACGAAAAAACAAAUUUUGAGUUUUUUUUCUCAACAAAAAAGAAUCAAUCUUUUUUCUUAUAUACUCAUACACCCUUUUCACUUAACUUCAAUUUCCAUGGCUAAUUCAUCUUCUUCCUCCUCAAAAUCCUCCAUUUCUCCUCGUCAUCCUCCUCUUUUCACUCCUGUAAGUUCACCAUUUCUCUUUUUGGGUAUUCAAGCAAAUUCUUGAUUUCUAAUGUUUUUAAGAUUUUGAACAUAAAGAAACAAUCUUUUUGUUUUAUAAUCAAUACCCUUUUGGUUUAAUUCAAUUUCCAUGGCUAAUUCAUCUUCUCCUUUUACUCCUAUUGAAGAAGGGAAUGAAGAAGAAGAGUAUUCACAAGGGAGAAGCAGUUUUAGAGCAGAAACAACUCCAAGUGAAGGUGAAUACAGACACCAUCCAACACCUUUACACUCUAAAACAGAGAAUAAAGGCAAAGUGUGCAACAAAAAGAGGCAAGAAAAUGAUGAUAAAGGAGUUUUGUGUAACAAGUGCAGGCCAAGCAAUAGGGAGAAAAUCACUGUGGUUCCAUUAGACAACAAGGGUAAUUCUUUAAAUAGUCCACAUGGUGGUUUAUUCAAAUCUGUUCUUUCUAAUCUGGUUAAAAGAAGUCCAAGAUUAUCAUUAUCAUCAUCAGAAGUUGAGUCUUCUGUUGUUGGUGGAGUGUCAACAAAAGAGGAACAAUGGAAAAUUGCAUUAGCUGAGGUUUCACAUAAGCUUAUUCAAGCUACUAGGAAAAGAGAUGAGGCUGUUUUAGAAGCAUCAAGAUUGAAGUUUUCUAUGGUUGAGCUUGAGAAAAAGCUAAACAAACUUGAAAUUUACUGUCAUAAUUUGAAGUCUGGUCUUGAUGUUUGUAGUAACAACAAUGUUAUGAUGACUAACAAAUCCUCUUUAAGUUUGGUUCAAAGAGUGAAAUUUGGUGAAGAGGAUAAAGUAAUUGAGCAUUUCUUAGUUAUGGUGUCUGAGGCAAGAUCAUCUGUUAGGAUAUUAAGUCGAUCGAUGACUCUUCAACUUAGACAGAUUGGUAGCAAAGUUUAUGAUCGAAUUGCAUUACUACUCCAACCAUAUGAAAUCAAGAUUUCAAUAUCAAGAAACCCCAGAGGCUUACUUGUGUAUCUUGAAGCUUUGUUAAACAAAGCCUUUUAUGAUGAUUUUGAAUCUAUUGGAUAUCAAAAGAGUUGUUGUAACCAAAUCUUGAACCCCAUUGAUCGUUGUGAAUCGAAUUUCGGUUUGUACAAUCGAUUAAAGGACUUAACAUGGGAGGAAGUUUUAAGCAAAGGGACAAGAUUUUAUAGUGAAGAAUUCAGCAAGUUUUGUGAUAGGAAAAUGAGUGAAAUUGUUGCUAUGUUAGGAUGGAACCGUGCUUGGCCUGAACCACUUUUGCAAGCUUUUUUUGGUGCAUCAAAAGCAGUAUGGUUAGUGCAUUUAUUGGCUAACUCAUUACACCCAACUUUGCCUAUUUUCAGAGUGGAUAAAGAGAUGAAAUUUGACUCAAUUUACAUGGAGGAUAUGGGUGCAGACAAGGCUAAGAAGUUGGUCCCUAACAUGGUUAGGAUCAUGGUCACACCAGGGUUCUAUGUCUAUGACAAUGUGGUCAAGUGCAAGGUGCUUUGCAGGUACAAUAAUAAUAUUGGCAUUAACAACAAUGAGGGUUUAAUAACCCCAUCACCUACAUAACCAAAAAAUACACAUCAUGUGAAAAAUAUUUAGUUUAACUUUGUUUUUCUUUUAUGUACUUAUUAGAUUUUGGAGGACUUUUUAAAGCAAAGUGAAAUAUUUGGCGUUUUGUUGUUGAAAGUU